AUGUCAUCGGGUUUCGUUUCAGCCGGAACCAAUGAGCAGCCGACCGAACGGGAUGAGGAGUGGCUGCGAGCGCAGCAGGAGUUGGAGGAGGAGCGGAGGCGGAAAGCCGAGGUAGGGAAACAGAAUGACGGCAAAAGUCUCUUUGAGGUGCUGGAGCAGAAUAAAAUCGCCAAACAAGAAGCCUUCGAGGAGAAAUCCCGCCUUCGAAACCAAUUUCGCUCGCUCGAUGAAGAUGAGAUCGAAUUCUUAGAUUCCGUUCUCGAGUCCACACGCGCCCAGGAAGCCGCGGUGAAAAGGGAGACGGCAGCUCAACUCGAAGCCUUCCGCCGACAACGCGAGGAAGCGGAGAAAGCGCUACUUGACACCGCCUCAUUAGAUGUCGCACCUGCAAAGGUACAAACGUGGGAUAUUUCUGCUCGCAAGAGACGGCGCAACAAAGAACGGGAGUCGUUGAUCCCAGGCAAGAAGCGCAAGGAUUCAGCCGGAGAUAACGUCCCUGGAAAGGACACGCAGAAAUCACGUGGAGAGGACAGUUCAAGUACCAACAAAUUGGAGCAAGAACCUGGCAAGACCAGUCCAGCCGUACCAGCUACGGCUUCAGGAACCACUGAUCCUGCCAGGCAGCCCAAGGUGGUCACAGCUACCGAUAAGGGGCCACCAAAGACCAAUGAUCCGGUGAAGCCGCCCAAAGUUGCGCUUGGCCUGGCAGGAUACAGCUCUGACUCCGAAUGA